AUGGUUACCGAAAACGGUCAGGAUGUUGUGUCCGAUGGAGAGGACCUCGACCCAUCUAAACUUCUCGGAGAUGGCGUCAAAAUCAGUUCGUGGAAGGCAUACUGGAGAGUUUUUACAUAUGCCGGGCCGGUAGAACGCGCUCUCAUGGCCGUUGCCGCAUUCGCUGCAGUCGCUUCUGGAGUCGGCAUUGCUUCUCAAAACAUCAUCUUCGGCCAGUUCAUUACUGUUUUUACAGACCUCGAAAACGAUCCUGCUGGUACCCGAGGCUUUCGUAGAUAUGGCUCGAAUUUGGCCCUCUAUCUCAUCUACCUUGCCAUCGGCAGGUUCGUGAUGGCUUACGUGUACAAUACGUUGCUUCACUACACCGCUUACCGCAUUGUUCGGAACAUUCGCCAUGAAUACAUCAAAUCGGCAUUGCGACAAGAAGUGGCCUACUUCGAUUUCGGGACUGGUGGCUCCAUUGCGACACAGGCCUACUCGAGCGGCCGCCUUGUCCACAACGGUAUCUCCGAGAAGCUUGGGCUCACGAUACAGGGUAUCUCUGCUUUUGUCAGCUCCUUCAUUAUUGCUUUCCUCACAAAUUGGAAGCUCGCUCUGACCGUCUGCUGCGUCGCUCCUCUCACCGUCGCUGUCAUGGCCGUCACAUCCUUCAUUGAGGCUGGUUAUGAGACGAGGAUCAUCGACUGCCAUUCUAUGGCCAACUCCUUUGCUGAAGGUGUUGUUUCCAGCAUCCGCACUGUUCAUGCGUUUGAGAUGAGGAGUAGGCUUGUCAAGAAGUUUGAUACCUUCCUGACCGAGGCUCACCGAUGGGGCGACAAGAGCUCUUUGCCUUUAGGCAUUCUAUUCUCGGCAGAGUACACCAUUAUCUAUUGCGGUGACGCACUCGGGUUUUGGCAAGGCAUCCGCAUGAUUUCGAGCGGAGAAAUCCAAAAUACUGGAGACGUUUUCACCGUCCUUUUAUCUGUAACCGUUGCAGCUAUUAGCAUUACACAGCUAGCUCCGUACUGCAUAGAGUUCACCCGCGCUGCUUCUGGCGCUGUUCAAUUGUUUCUUCUGAUUGAUAGAAAGAGCGCCAUUGACCCGUUUGACCCGUCUGGAGACCAGCCGAAGCUGGAAAAGGGAGACGUGGAACUCGAGCACAUCACCUUUGCUUAUCCCACAAGACCCAACACCACUAUUCUGGAUGACUUUUCACUGAAAGUUCCCGCAGGCAAAACCACUGCCUUGGUGGGUCAAAGUGGUUCCGGCAAGAGCACAAUUGUCGGCCUACUUGAGAGGUGGUACAACCCGGCAUCGGGUACCAUCAAGAUAGAUGGUCGGCCAAUUGAGACUUUGAAUAUCGGUUGGCUAAGAAGGAACGUCCGUCUAGUGCAGCAAGAGCCGACACUGUUUCGAGGGACUGUGUUUGACAACAUUUCCCACGGUCUUAUUGGCACACCGUGGGAACACCAAUCCAGGGAAAAGAAGAUGGAGCAAGUCCAGGAGGCCGCCAGAAUAGCCUUUGCUGACGACUUCAUAUCCCAACUACCCAACGGAUAUGAUACGGAGAUAGGCCAGAGGGGCGGUCUCCUUUCCGGAGGCCAGAAGCAGCGAAUUGCGAUUGCCCGCAGCAUUGUCUCGCAGCCAAAGGUCUUGCUUCUCGAUGAAGCAACCAGUGCGCUUGAUCCCCACGCCGAGGAGAUCGUCCAGAAAGCGCUAGACAAAGCAUCCAUCAAUCGGACCACGAUUGUCAUCGCCCACAAGCUGGCGACAAUCCGGAAGGCGGACAACAUCGUUGUCAUGUCCAAAGGCCGCAUCAUCGAACAGGGGACACAUGAGAGCCUCAUUACACAGGAUGGCGCGUACGCCCGGCUCGUGAAAGUCCAACAGCUCAUGAGUUCGCACAAGGCUUCGGCAGAAGACAGCGGCGAGGAUAGGAUGUAUAUUAAUGACAAGUUGGAUGAGUACAACGAGAAAUCAUUAACCCGGUCCACUACCGCCGAUCUCGACCACGUGGAUGGCAAGAUCAGCAGUGAGGACUACGAGACGCACAACCAUGGUGGGCUCAUCAUGGUUGUAUAUCGAUUGAUGAAGGAGUCUACGGACCUCUCGAUGUCGUAUGCUGCUACCGUCAUCGGCUGCAUUCUGUGUUCCGGCCUGUUUCCUGCUCAGGCUAUCCUUGUGGCAUACAUGGUCGAGGUCUUUACACUAUCUCCUUCCCAGAUGACCGUCCCCGGCAACUUCUUUGCGUCCAUGUACGUUGUCUUGGCAGGCGCAUGCCUCAUAUCCUGGUUCCUUGUCGGCUAUGGAUCCAACGCGAUGUCUCAGACUCUGGCACACCGCCUGCGCAAGAGAAUUUUCGAAGACAUGCUCCGGCAGGAUCUGAAGUUCUUCGACCGACCCGAGAACAGCAUUGGGGCCCUGACCAGUCGGCUCGACUCUCAUCCACAGGCUGUUUUCGAGCUCAUGGGCUACAACAUUGGAGUCAUCAUAAUCGCUGCGCUCAGUGUCAUUGCCUGCAGCGUUCUCGCCAUCUUCUUCGCCUGGAAGCUGGGCCUGGUAAUCGUGCUGGUCGGGCUGCCUCCUCUUGUGGGUUCCGGUUGGCUGAGGAUGCGAUUGGACGGGAAGCUGGAGCGCGACAUCUCGAAGCGGCUUUCAGCUAGCUCGGCGAUCGCAUCAGAGUCGGUCACCGCCAUUCGAACCGUAUCCUCCCUCGCGAUCGAGGGCUCGGUCUUGGACCAUUAUACAGCCGAACUUGACCAUGCCAUCUCUACUUCAAUCAAGCCACUCGUGUGGAUGAUGCUGUGGUUUUCCCUAACGCAAUCGAUUGAGUACCUAUUCCUGGCUCUUGGUUUCUGGUACGGCAUACAGCUUUUUACGUCACAUGAAAUCACAGUAUUCUCCUUCUUUGUGGCGUUGAUGGCCGUCUUCUUCUCCGCGCAAGGGACAGACCAGAUCUUCCAAUUCUCAACCAGCAUGACGAAAGGGGUAAACGGCGCCAACUACAUCUUUUGGUUGGGCAAGCUUCAACCGACAGUGCGGGAGACGCCUGAGAAUCAAAAUCACGAACCCAAGUCGGGCGGCCCAAUCGAUCUGAGAGAUGUCCAGUUCUCAUAUCCCCUUAGACCGAAAUUCCCCGUGCUCAAGGGCGUGAGUCUGGAUGUACAAAAAGGGCAGUUUGUUGCUUUGGUAGGCGCCUCAGGUUGCGGCAAAUCCACCAUAAUAUCGAUGCUCGAACGGUUCUACGAUCCGACCGCCGGCACUGUCAGCAUCGCAGGCGAGUCUCUACAGGAUAUCAACCCUCGUAUGUACCGGCGCAAGGUUGGCCUGGUGCAGCAAGAGCCGACCUUGUUCGAAGGCUCUAUCCGCGAGAACAUUUCACUCGGCGUUGACGCAGGUGAGCCUGGCCAAGACGACAAGAUCUCGUCGACGCCCGAUCAUGAGAUUGAGGCGGCGCUGCGGCAGGCAAACGCGUGGGAUUUCGUAUCGUCUCUGCCCGAUGGGCUUGGCACACAGGUCGGCUCCAACGGCACCCAGCUUUCGGGAGGGCAGCGGCAGCGGAUCGCCAUCGCGCGGGCCCUCGUCCGCAACCCGAGCAUCCUGUUGCUCGACGAAGCCACCAGCGCGCUCGACACGGAGAGCGAGAAGAUCGUCCAGAGCGCGCUGGCCGAGGCCGCCAAGAGGGGCGACCGGAUCACGAUCGCCGUGGCGCAUCGCUUGUCGACGGUCAAAGACGCAGAUCUUAUUUGUGUCUUCUAUGGCGGACGAAUCGUUGAGAUGGGGACGCAUAUUGAUUUGCUGGCCAAGGGGGGCAUGUACUCAGAUAUGUGCGCGGCGCAGAGUCUCAACUAG